AUGGGAGAGCGAGCAAGGGUUGGACAUCUUGUUGGAUACGUUAGCGAGAACACAUAUAAGAUAUGGUUCCGCGAUACAGGGAAGAUCGUUAAUGCCAGAGAUGUUACAUUUGAUGAGGAUAUUGCUAAUUACGAUAAUGAUAAUAAUGACAGUUCUACCGCUAUACAAUCCUCUUGUUCUAAACCUCUGAGCCUUCCUCCUUCACUACAGCAAAUCGAAUACAACUUUACCGAACACACUAAUCGACGAGAUCAACCAAUUCAAUCGAUCGAAAACGCUGAUUCUGAUAACCGCUUUGACCCACGCGUCAUUACCCUCACUCCGGACUUUGCGAUUCAACCUGCUCCUGUCCGAGAAACCGUACAAAUUCAUAAAAGAAAGGGACGUGAGCAGGCAGCGGAACCCCCGCGUAUCUCUGCAAGGGCAAAUAAAGGACAGCGUACGGAAGAGAGAUUCGAGGACUAUCAGGCGAGAACAAUGAGGAAUUCUCACUCCGAAUUCCCUGAUCUUUUGAUGCAGGCGAUUACCCCACAACUAAAGACCUACGAAGUCAAGGUCCCAUCCAACUACCGUAAAACAUUGAAUUCCAAGCAGCGAGAACUCUGGCAGAUCGCUAUGGAGAGUCAAAUCGCCAAACUUGAAGCCAUACCUGCAUGGGAAAUAGUUGAUAUUCCUACCCCUAAACCACGCAUUUUGCCCGAUAAAUGGGUAUACGAUUUGAAGAACGACUCCAACAACAAUGUUGAGAUGUUCCGGGCGAGAUGGGUUAUCUGCGGUAACUGGCAGCAAGAAGGCCUCGAUUACGACGAAGUUUCAUCUCCGGUAAUCGUGGACGCUCUUGUCAAGAUCUUUAUCGCGAUCGUGACCGUCAGGAAGUUGAAAUGGUAUCAAUUUGACAUAGUUACUGCAUAUCUUAACGCAGAACUGAAGUCCCGAACGAUCUACAUAAUGUACCCUACUGGAUUAGCCCCUACUGGAUUCGCCCCUACUGGACUCCCUCUGGUAUGCAGACUACUCCGAGCGCUAUACGGGUUAAAGCAAUCGGGUUUGCUCUGGAACCAGGUUUUCGAUGACGUUCUCCGAGACCUCGGACUCGUCCCUACCGACACGAACUCAUGUUUCUAUAUGGGACUAAAUGGGAUUAUCCUCAUCCUCUACGUUGACGAUUCAAUAGUUGCAGGACCUUCCCAGGAGAUCAUUUCCGACUUUAUUAAGAAAUUGAAGCAAAAGUUUACGCUUAAGGUGAUCGGUGAACCCAAGCGUUUUCUGGGAUACAACAUUGAAAGAGACUACAUCAAUAAUACCAUUACUAUCUCCCAAAAGGCCUAUACUAAAAGGAUUUCCGCGCAUCUCAACGCUGACAUCAAACCAGCAGAAUUCCCUAUGUUCCCUGGCUGGAAGCCGUCCGAUUCCUCUGCUCUGAAUGACGAGAUGAAGUCCGAUUUUUGCAAAAGGGGAGGACGCCUUAUUUGGCUGCUGAAAACGCGUCCGGAUAUCCAAUUCCCCGUAUAUCGCAUUUUCCGCAGGAACAAGGACCCGAAUGAAGCUGAUAUGAAUGCUGCACUGCAUAUCUUCAGAUAUCUCGUGAAUACGCCUGACCGCGGACUCGUGUUAGGACGUGACCCCGAAGGACCCCUAUACGGAUACGUUGAUUCAUCUCACACUGACUGCGAAGGAUCUCGCUCCACUGAGGCCUUCAUUUUCUUCUACAGAGGAUCCCCGAUCAGUUGA